UGUGUAUAUAUAUAUACACUUCUAGAACAGUGUGCAGCAGACCACAGCAGUAAGCUGUGAUAUUUUUACAACACUGUGUGUACAUACAUAUUAUAUACUUCUAGAACAGUGUGCAGCAGACAGUAACAGUAAGCUCUAAUAUGUAUACAGCACUGUGUGUGUACACACACUUCUAGAACAGUGUGCAGGAGACCACAGCAGUAAGCUGUGAUAUUUAUACAACGCUGUGUGUGUGUACACACCUCUAGAAUAGUGUGAAGCAGACGACAGCUGUAAGCUCUGAUACUUAUACAACACUGUGUAUUUGUCAUUUGUCUGAGCAUGCCUCAUGCACAUUCUGAGAUUGCCUCGGUUGCUGUUGAGCCUUUGGGCGGAAGCAUGAUGCCACUAGCGCCUGGUCCCUCACCUAGAAAAACGGAGAGACGGGGCUUGACUGUCAUUGAAGCAGCAUAUGUAGACAUGACACUUCAGUCCGCGCACCCACUAUCUCUUCCCCUAUUUGUGAGGCUGAUAAAUACCCUGGUACUGUCAUUUUGGAGAGGAAUAGUUUUUACAUUGGCAAGGAUCACACUAAUUGUGUGUACAGUGUUUUCCUUCGUGGCAGACUGCUGGGGGGUGGGGCACAUGACGUCACGUGAUCCUUUUGUCAAAGCCCAGCACCGUUAAGGUGCCGUUAGUUCUACCUGUGUGUCAAGUCACUAGGUCGCCUUUGAAGGCCGUCGUUUGUGCCAAUCACCGCACACAGUCGACUUCGAUCAGACUGAAAUUUUCCUCGGCCAGCUCGCGCCCCUCAGAACUUGUCUUGACUUGCGUCUCCCAGUGCCUUUGUGAGCGGCCAUACCUGUGGAUGUACUCACACUCUACUUACAUGGGACUGGCAAAGACAAUUCCUCGUCCUUACCUGUCGUCAACACUGUCACUCUGUACUUGGCAAAAGACUAUUAGAGUGACAAGCUGUCUGUAGGAACAUCAUAUAUAUACUAUAGUAUCCCUGUGUCUUGGACUGACGACGACAAAGGACAAAACUCACCUUUGCCCAGCGGCUACACGUUAAUAAUACACAUUCAUUACUGACUUCAGACACCAGACUACUUGUGUUCAUCUAUGAGCCAAUCUGCUGUUUCCUGUCUCAUGGUCUCACUUUCUCUCCUGCCGGUCUGUGUAGUGCAACUGUUGGCCUUUUAUUGAGGGUUAGGGAGUGUACAAUGGAUUUGUCCAAGUUCCGCGCCUCAGGGGACCUGUCCGACAUAGUGAUUGUUGUUGAAGGCAACGAAAAUCAUUUGCAUCGAUUUCCUCUCUUCGCUCGGUCAAGUUUCUUCGAGAGUCUGGCCAGACACAAUGGCUGUGGAGAGCCUCAAACUCCCGCCCUCAAAGGGAACAGUGAGCGUGUGGAGCUAUCGGACUUUCCAGGUGGCCAGGCCGUUUUCAGCCAGGUGGCGGACUUCUGCUACAACAUGGCGCUGGACGUGGGUCGUCAUAACGUCGUACAGCUGCGCAGUGCAGCUCAGAAGCUGCGGAUGUUCGGGCCUGGCAACCUGGCCGACAUUGCUGACAAGUGUCUGGUGGACACCGUGACUUCCUGUAAGCUCAGUCGCGCCCCACAGCCGUUGGUGAUGUUGCUGAUGGAGUGCGUCAAGGUGGGCGAGCUGGCGGCUGAGGCCGGGAUAGUAGACGUGCUGAUCGACGCCCUGGUGGACACGUGGCUCAAGACGCCAUCCAAGCUCUCCCCGACCACCAGCACCCCACCUGCUCUGGGCAGCGCUUUCGCGCCCCUCAAACCGCUGGCAGCGUCACCUGGCGUCACUUCCGCCGGCGCAGAGCUGCUGGAUGAGGCUUCACUGCAGCGCCUGUGCGGUCUGCCUCAGGACUGGUUGGUCAGACUACUCUCGCAAGCUCGAGAGAGAGGAGUCCGCUUGUCCCCACUUGCUGACCUGGCCAUGCGCUACGUCUAUAAAACCUUUGUUGACAAGGAUGUCGAGCAGAGCAGCAACGCCGAAGACACUUUGAGUGCCAAAGACAACAGAGAGGAGAGAAGCAGAGGGAAGGAAGACUCCUCUAGCAACCUUGAGGGCGAUGUGGCAGGCAAGGACUCAGCACAGGUUUCCACUGGUGUGGGUGGGCUGCGUAUCAGCGAGCAUCACACAGAACUAGAGCAUAUUCUGGACGCUGUGCUGAUGGUGCUGCCAGAGGAAGCCUACAACGUGCAGUCUGUGUCCAUGGAGUGCCUGACAACGGUGUUACGAGUGGCCAGUACCCGAGGAUGUAGUUGCAGACGAUUGCUGGUGCAGCUGGCGGCGGACAAACUGCAGCAGCUCAACGCCUCCGACUUGUGUCUCGUCUCGCCCUCCAUGUUGCACGACGUGGUGUUAGAGGCACGUGAAGAGCACGGUCACGUGCAGCGUGCAUGCACUCUUGUCGACACCUACCUGAGCGAAAUGGCGCGGAAAGGGGUGCUGACAGCAGACACAUUUCGACUGCUGGCCACAGCAGUGCCAUCUGAUGCCAGACGUUGCCAUGACAAAUUGUACGACAUACUGGAGUAUGUACUCAAAAAUGAGGACGAUGUCAGCAGCGAGCAGCGCCACCAGCUGGUGAGCAUCGUCAACUUUGACCUGCUGACGGAGGACACACUCCAGCGUGCACUGGACUCUCAGUUGGUGCCUCCCGAACUCCUGGCAGGUGCAUCGUUACGACUGUGCGCGCGCCUGAGGUCGGAGCUGCAGUCGGUGAAGUACAUUGCGGAGAUGCAGGAAGAGGAACUUCAGAAGUACCAGUCAGCUGCCACUCCCCAAGCAUCACCCAGGGUCGCACCAGUCGUCCCCUCAACCAACUCUGAUUCAGGCUUCUCCGACUCACGAGACAGCGUGAAGCUGACCCCCGACUCGACCUCAGGACUGAUGCGCGGGUCACACAGUGUGCUGACCUCUGCCCGCACCAAGCUGGCCAUGCAACUGCACUCGCCUUCGUCAGGGCCGUCGUCUCAGUCGCAUCCACACUCCUACCCGUCCUCCAGUCUGCUGCACCCGCACACCAGUCACAUGACCACUGAGCACGACUUCAGCCUGCAAGACGAGCUGGACUUCAAGUUUGACCGCUCUUUCCGCAGUCUUGACCCCCGUGCCCGCUCGCGACCCCUUGGCACUUACAGCAGCUAUAACUCAUCGUCGUCCUAUCAUCACCAUCAACCUCAUUAUCGCUCCACAUACUUCCCAUAUUCUCCCAAAUAUUAGACCUGGAGGCCUAAAGGUCACAGACAGAAUUUUCCUGCAAUACACCGACAUCCGGUUCGCAUGUUGCUCGUGGAGCUGUUCAGCCAAAUAUAAAAUACUGGAAAUAUGUUUUACAGAAUAUUGGAAAUAAUACAGAAUACUGAAAAUAUAUUUUACAGAAUAGAGAAUAUUGUAAAUAUAUUUUACAGAAUACUGGAAAUGAUACAGAAUAUACAGAACACUGGAAAUAUGUAAUACAGAAUACUGGAAAUAGAUAUUAUAGAAUAUCGAAAGUUUUCAGAUCCCUAAAUAACUUCUCACCGCACGCUAAAAUGUCAUUUACAAAGUUUGUUACAGGUGUUGGAUGAUAGGGGUAUUGCUCAAGAUAACAGAGAUGGUCUGUCAUCCAUGUCAUACAUAUAAACAAUGAGGUCAGAGAAGACAAAGUCUAAUACACACUUUGAAACGAAUCACAAAGAUCACCAUAUUUGCAGAACUCUUUAUGGAAAGAAGAAAACGGACUUUCAUGUGUGAGUCAUGAUUGCAACAAACAAUAAAGUCACGUGACGCUGGGAUGCUGCUAGCAGUUCUGCAAGAAGCAAGGGAUACUUGCAGUGUGCAGAAAGAUGUCAACAGAGUUGAUGGUGUGGCACCCUAGCAUAAACAGGGUGCUUUUAUGGAUGUUUUGAAAUGCUUUUCAGCAAAUUCUUGAGUCAAUGUGGGGACGAAAUUUGCACGGCACGUAUCAACAAAACAGAGAUGUGUAUAAUAAUACAAAUGUCUGGACAAAGUUAAUCUACUGAUGUUUGCAGCCAGUAUCUUUAGCCACUCUGUCCAUCUGAGUGUCGAAGAGAACAUUGAGCAAAAGCAUGUCGUGUCCUGGUCUGCUUUCUUUUACUGAUGAUUUUACUGAUGAAUUCUUUUCUCGUCGAAUUGAGCUCAUGCAGACGAGGCUAUUUUAACAAAUAUAUACUUCCCUUUCGUCACUUCAUAUUUUCUCGAAUACAUGUACUCCAGAUGUGAUUGAGAGUAUAAAAUUUAAUCUAAUAUUUCUCGUGCCUCUUUGUCAUGAAAUACCACUGGAAUAUUUUUUGUGAUACUUGAUGCUCUAUUUCCAGCGAUUUUCGCUAGUGGUACCCUUUAAGGCAUGCGGUGACAUCAAAGGCUUUCAAUCUCUUGUAUAUAAUAUAAAUAAUACUGGUGAUUAGACUGCACUUUCUGGAGCAGCAGUGCUUCAUUUAGAAGAGGAAACAGCCUCCUGAUAGAGAUCGGCUAAGAUGAACCACUCUGUCUUGUAAAUAGCACUUAUUUUGUUAACAUCAUUUUAGAAUACUGACUGCUCUGGUGUAUAUAAAAUUCAUAAUCCAACAUAUUAACUUUGAAUUAAAUUUAUACGCCGCGAGUUUUAAUGCCAUGAGGUGCAGUUGAGUUGUAAUGACUGCUGAAGAAAAACCAAUAAACGUGAUAUCAACAGGC